CGCCGCCUUUCUACUCGUGUUGCCAAUAAACCGCUGUGCUCCUGCCCUGCCUGCUCUCUGCCUGCCUGCCUGCCUGGGGCCGGGCCAAGGGAUGCCCGGCUCCCUGCCACCAUCCUGGAUGUCCAGAGCCUGCCCCUCCAUCUGCUCGAUCCAUGGGGUCUGGCCACGGUUCCUCCCCACACGUGGGGGCUGUGCCACAGAGGCCGCGGGCCUGGCUGUUGUCAGCUCCGGGAAGUACCUGACCAGCCUCUGAGGUGCUUUGUGCUCCUUUGGGGGUCACAGCAGAAAUCUGGUGAUCCCAGUGGUCUGGAGGAUGUCUCAGCCUUCACGUGCACACGCCAGGGCAAUGUGGGGACAGGAGGCUCACCUGGCAUGGUGCACAGUGCACAUACCACAGGAGAGAGCCCCUUGCCAGCACCUGGGAAGAGGUGCUUAUCCUCAUCUCUGGGAGGCGAGUGGCAAGGAGAAGAAAGUCUCUCAGCCCUUCCCACCACUCCUUUCUUUAUCUCAGUUUUCCAGUGGGCAUCUAGAUCUGCACACUCACUGCUCAUAUUUAGCAUUUGUUGGGAAGUCCAUGGAGUUGGUAUCUACAGUAAAGGUUUUAUUGCUUCCCAGUGGGCUUUAAAUGUCUUGGUAUAUUAUUCUCCAACUGAAAUCUUAGUUUUUUCAUGAUGGUCAUGUUUGCAGUGUUUACUGAGCACCUGGGUAACUUAAUGUUCUUUAUAUUUUUGAGGUUGUCUGACAUCAGCUGGUUGCUCCUCAAUAUAGGUUCUCCUCCAAGCUCACAGUUUUUUUCUCUGUAGGAAUCUCUGUGUUUUCCAUUGUUUGAAUAAGUGCUCCUCCAGCCUUUUCCCCAGCUCUCUCAGUGGUUACAUUCAGGUUGGGCUGCACAUCAGGGAGGCUUAGCUGCUUUUAGUGCACAAGGCCCAUGGAAAUGAUUAAGAUUCUUCACCCAAAGAGUGAAUGGCUACCACAGACAUCCCUGGGACUGUGGCUGUUCUGGGUAGACCUUGUUAGAUCCAUUGUUUGUUCCUGUUCCCAGCUCGUAGUGUGCUGUGUCUCCCUUGGAUCCCUCCUUGGUCUCCUGACAGGCUGUUGUAAUGGUUCUCUCUUUUUCCUCUGACCCCAGGAUUUCUCAAAGGAGUAGGUUUUGCCAUACAGUUGGUGUGGCCAAACGGUUUUGGAACAGGGAUCUGAUAGAAGGUACCACUUCUCCCAGGACCUGUGCUCUCAUGGAGCUUCAGCACUCUGGGAUCAGCCUGUCUGGUUCAUCUCCCAGCUGGAAUGCUGGGCAGCUCACUGUGGUACUGAGUUCUGCCCUUUUCCUUUGAGGAAGUCUUAGUAGUUCCCUAGAGCUCUGCAAGACUAGGCUUUCUGGUUUGGGUGCUGCUUUUGCCAGGCCAUCUCUGGGAGGUGGAGAAGCCUUCUGGUCCUCAGGUUGUGACACUGCUUUUUCUAGCAGCUGCUGUGAUGUGCAGCCCUGUAAAUAGAUGUAGCUCUGAUUAUAUUUCAUUAUUUUAAGGACUGGGGAAUUCUGUUUGCCUUUUUUUCUUUGUACUGUAUUUUGGUGUUUUUUUUUUUUUUCAGAAUAUGAUGCCCCAGGAACCCACAUUAAACUUUUCUGGAGUGGAUUUGUGUAUUCUAAUUUAGAAGACUGAUUUAUGUGUCGUGUUAGUGCUGUUGUUAUCCCCACCUCACACUUAAUGUAGCAGGAGAUGGCAACAUGCUCUGUGUGCUCAGAGCAUGUCCUGAGAGAGACGGGUGCUUGGGCACCCCCACAGCUCUGAUUAUUGGUAUCUGAGACAUUUUGGUGGUAUCUGAGACCUUUUCCCAGAGCCUGAACUGCAGAGGAAGCAGUUUGAAGCCCCUUACAAAGGUGCCAGAAUGGACCUACAGAGCCUGAGCCAAUCUGUAACUUGAGAAAGUUUCUCACUCAGAUGGCAAAUAGGGGGCUUGUGCUCACUGUCGCUCAUGGAGCGACUGGAACAGUUGGGCAGUCCCCAUUUGAGGUUCCAAGAUUCGGGAAUGAUCAGUAGCAUUUUGAUCUCGGGCAGGAGACGAGGUUGGCAUCACCAUUUUUGUGGUGUCAGCAGAAGAGGGAGAUAGAGCUUGAAUUCAAGCUUUGCAUAACCCUCCAAGGUUGUAGUCUCCGUUCCAAAGCACAUAUUUUGAGAUGAAUGGAUUGGAUCAGACUUAAAUAGUUCUAAUAAAUAACCUUUGGGCUCUCUCUGUGCUUACUAAGAGCAGAGUCUUGAUUUUAAGAAACGACUUUAAAGUCAAAUGUACCUUCAUCCCGUUUAUGUUGCAGGUGAUUGAAGCUGAUAUUCAGUGAGCUGAGAUGAUCUCGAGAGCAGAAUGUGUUAGGACACAGCUGUGUUGAGGGAGAGCUGCACUUUGACCCUAAUAACUUGACAAAGCUGAAUUUUAAAGAUCCCAGAAGAUGGUGUCUGCUUGCAUCCUGGUACUAAGGCACUGACAGCAGUGGGAGUCACUCGAGUAGUUGUCUCCCAAAGAGAAGAUUGGCCUUGCCUGCCUGGGAUUGCUGCUGAUCCCCAGAACUUUGCAGUGACCACAGAGAAGCGCACAGUGCUAAAGGAGAAAUACAAACCAGCUAUAUUUGGCAGCAGGAAGGCAAGCAGAGGGGUAGCAGAAUUACCUCACUGGUGUCACAGCCUGAGGAGACUGGAGCAGGAAUGGUUUCAAACCGAGCCAGCGUGGAUAAGUUUUUGUUGUCUCACUGAUAGAAACAGCUUUCACCACAGCCCUCCAGGACAUCUUCGUGUGGAAGCAGCUGCUGUGACCUAAGACUUUCAGGCACAGCAAUGGAGAACUUGAAUGUCCUGGUCUCAGAUCUUACUGAAGAGCAGCAAGACAUGUUCCAGGGGGUUUUUACUGCUGAUGCCAAUUACUUGGAGAAUCACGAGAAAACGAACCAGUCCUUUUGGGAAUCACUUGUAAAAUGUUUAGCCACCACUGACCCACCUAUCCUGAAUACUGAAGAAAAGAACAAUCUCCUCAACAGCUGCAAUGUCCUGCCUGGGGGCUGUGCUGCCUGCCUGAAAGCCAUAGAGGAGAAAGGAGUCAGGGCAAUGGCUGUUCUUUACCUCUUGCUGAAGGCAUCCAAUCCAUCUGGAUACAGACAGCUGCCCAGCUCCAAGGGAAAGGAUGAAAAGUUGAAACUCCUGAAGAGACUGGAAAAGAAUCUUGUACUUUCACAGGAGGAACAAAAGGCUGAAAAUUCAUCCCAUGAAUCCAUGGAUGAAGAUACACAAGACAGUGAUGAGGAAGAUUUAGGAAGACAGAAGACUGAAGGCCAAUUACUCGGAGGCACACCAGCAGAGAUGGUUCCCUACAGAGAUUCAGAGAUUACCAGAAGAGAAGAUUCAAUUGCAGAUGCAUAUGAGAACCAGAGCACUCCCCACACUCAGUGGGCAGUUCGGUGGAUGGGCAUACGGAAGGAUGAUGAAUUCUUUCAUUUUGUCAUUCUUUGCUUUGCAAUUGGAGCUUUACUAGUUUGCUACUACUACCACCAAGAUUGGACUAUUUCUCUUGGAAUUGGUUUAAUCACCUUUGCUUCCCUGGAAACCACUGGGAUAUACUUUGGUCUAGUGUAUCGGAUUCGGAGCGUCCUUGACAGCUUUAUUCCUCUGUUUGACAAAUUCAGGCCAAGAGGUGUGAGGAAAGCUGCCUAGGAGGAACGUUUCAGGAGAGUUCCACAAACCGUGCUGUCUGAAUUCUCAGUACUAGAAGAACUGCUUUAUGAGGUGAACCUAAAAACUGAAUGGCCAAUGUGAAAUAUUGAAAUGUCAAACCACUGAAAGACAUCACUCCUUCCCCUCAAAAAUAAACCUGAAAUGGGGGUACAGGGCCCAUUCUUGCUUCUGAAGGGGUUUGUGGCUCAGCAAAGCUCAAACACAAACCAACAUCUAGACCGUGAUUGCCUUAAUUCCAUUAAAUAUGAACACAUUCUC